AUGUCGAAAGUACAAAAACAACGUGUACAAACAUUUGGUAGAAAGAAAACGGCUACAGCUGUGGCUGUAUGUCAACAAGGUCAUGGUUCAAUCCGUGUUAAUGGUCGACCUUUACAUCUUGUCGAACCACAAGUACUUCGUUUUAAACUUGAAGAACCAAUUUAUCUUCUUGGUCGAGACAAAUUUGCACAUGUUGAUAUACGUAUACGUGUUAAAGGUGGUGGUCGUAUUGCACAAAUUUAUGCUGUUCGGCAAGCAUUAGCAAAAGGACUUGUUGCCUAUAACCAAAAGUAUGUUGAUGAAGCAACAAAAAAACAAAUACGUGAUAUACUCGUACAAUAUGAUCGAACAUUACUUGUUGCUGAUCCACGACGAUGUGAACCGAAAAAAUUUGGUGGUCCUGGUGCACGUGCCAAAUAUCAAAAAUCAUACCGUUAA